CGUAGAGAACGUAUGACGUCGUCGCGUCACCUCGAAGCCGUGAGCGUGAGAGAGCAAAAAGAGAAAAAGAAAAAAGAGAGGGUCAGGUACUAGUGAACUAGAUGGAGCUGUGCUGGUGUCUCCUUGCCAGUGUCCUGGUAUCGGCCUUGGCAGUGCCUAUUGACAGAUCAAAGCAAAAGGAUGAAAAGCAAAUGAAACCAGAUACACCUGACACAGGUUUGUAUUACGACCGGUAUCUCCGUGAAGUGAUCGAUGUCCUGGAGACCGACACCCACUUUCGUGAGAAGCUGCAGACAGCUGAUGUGGAAGAUAUUAAGAGUGGGAAGCUGAGCACUGAGCUGGAUUUAGUGAGUCACCAUAUCCGCACCAGACUGGAUGAGCUGAAACGACAGGAGGUGUCCAGGCUACGGAUGCUCAUCAAGGCCAAGAUGGACACUGAGCAGGGAGAGAAUGUGCAGAUUGAUCACCUGAACCUGCUGAAGCAGAUUGAACAUCUGGACCCAAAGAACUCCCACACGUUUGAGGCUCGAGACCUGGAGCUGCUGAUUCGAGCGGCUACCAAGGAUCUGGAGAACUAUGACCAGGCCCAUCAUGAGGAGUUUAAGCGUUAUGAGAUGUUGAAGGAACACGAGAGGAGAGAAUAUCUGAAGUCUCUGAAUGAGGAGAAGCGGCAGAUGGAAGAAGCUCGCUUUAAUGAGAUGAAACAAAAGCACAGGGAGCACCCGAAAGUGAAUGUGCCGGGGAGCCGCGAUCAGCUGAAGGAAGUGUGGGAGGAAACAGACGGACUGGACCCUAGCGAGUUCAAUCCAAAAACCUUCUUCAAGUUACACGAUACUAACAAUGAUGGUGUGUUGGAUGAACAGGAACUUGAAGCUUUGUUUACCAAAGAGUUGGAGAAAGUUUAUGAUCCCAAAAAUGAGGAGGAUGACAUGGUGGAGAUGGAGGAGGAACGAUUGAGAAUGAGGGAGCAUGUGAUGAACGAGGUUGAUAUGAACAAGGAUCGAUUGGUCAGCCUUGAGGAGUUUUUGAAAUCGACAGAGAAGAAGGAAUUCUUGGAGCCAGAGGAGUGGGAGACACUCGAUGAGACUCAGGUUUACACAGAGGAGGAGCUGCGACAGUACGAGCGGGAGCUGACUGAGCAGGAGGCAGAACUCAACCAGAAAGUUGAGCAGCUGAGGCGGGAACAUGAAGAUUUGCAGCGAAGACAAAAUGAACUGGAUGCUCAGAAAAAGGAAUAUCAACAGGCCUUGUUACAGAUGGAACAGAAGAAAUCCCAGCAGAAAGUAGAAGCCCCACCAUCCGGCCCUGGAGGAAAAUUGAAAUUCCAGCCCCCGGAAGCACCUGCAGAUGUCCGAGCUCCAGUUAACGAACCAGCCCAGGUACAGCCUGAGGUAGAGACGCUUGACCGUUCACCCGGCCACCGAGCUGACCAACCGGCAGCACCCAGCCAUGAUGCAGACGCUGGAGUUAAACUGUCAGAAGCAGCUGCCCCUUCUCAAUAACCACAAACUACUGUUAAACAGCAGGAUAGUCUGAUUAAGCAGGGUCUUCAUCCUUUUUAAAAGGAUUUAAUUCAGUUUGUGAGCCAGUUGUAUAAUAUAUUGAGUCAGAGCUCCUUACACCAUGAAUGAGAAUUUAGCCCUACAGACAGCCCAGUAAAUACAAUAGAAUAGGGAGGGGAUAGUAGUGGAGAUGUGUCGAUUGUCCUCCAUCUUUGGCUUCUUGCCCAAUUUACAUCCGAACAAGGUGAUCAGGGGUUGCUGUGAUGCCUACCCUGGCUAAAUUACCUGGGUGUCCUUGUUUAAAUUGCAUGUGAAGACUGUUUGAGCUGGAGCUAGAUCACAGUGUAAACAGCUCUGACUCUGCUUUUGAUUUUUGCCACUUUUGCUAUGACUGUCAGCAAUGACCAGGUUCCCAUCUGCUUCUCUCAAUGUUCUAGAAUAUUCUGUAAUAUUUUACAAACUAAUUUAAAACUUGUACCCAAUGAUGGAAAUUGCAGCGGUGGGAAUUAUGCUAAAGGGCCCUGACACCUCUCAACACCUUCUCCCUCUGGUGUAGAGAGGUCUGCCCUGCAGUAUCUCAAAUUUUUAAAAAUGCACCUUACUUUAACAUUUUAAUGCAAGGCUGAGAAUUGUGUAUUUUGAUUAAUGAACAUUUGUAAAAUAAAGUGUGAAACUGGGGUUA